UGAAGUUUGAAGGAACAAAAUUCUACUAUAAAUACAGACAAUUUUUAACUAAAGUAAUUUAGUAUUAUUUUCACUUGAUCGAACGACAAAAUGAAACUUUGCAUUGCUGUAGCUUUCUUGAUGACCAUUGGUGUUUCAAUGGCUGUUAUUUUGGGUAAUGGUCAACCAGGAUGUAAGACCGCUACAGAGUUGGUUGUUAAGAAUUACAGAAAUCUAUGGGAUCCAACAUCGUACUGGGUGUGUGAGGAGAAAAAUGUAGCUGCUUCCAGUAAAAAAUGCCCUGAUAUGACAGCUUGGGAUGAUUCUGAAAAGAAAUGUGUCGAUUGGGAACUCUGGGCUUGGUUGGAUCCAGUUGAACCACCAAGUAAUCCUUAAAUACAUCAUAUAAUUCUCAAAAAUGUACUAAAAUGGCUGCAAAAUUAUGUUGACAAUAAAUUAAUUCUGCAUAAAAAGUGA